AACACACGCGCUCUGGACGCACACGGAGCGCAGGACGCACGGAGCUCACGCUGUUGGAGGAGCAACAACUGAAGGAGGUGCGCGGCGCAUUCUCCCGGACUUCAGCUCGUGCAGGAGAUCCGAGCAUCGUGCGCGCUGGAAGUUUGCGCUCCAAACGAAUGGAAACUGGUUUUGGUUUUUGAUGGCAUGCGGACGCGCACAGUUCCCUCGCGCGGGGGUCUCCUCUGAACCGCCUCACUUUUCACUCCUCGCGUGGAUUUUGUCGUGAAGGAAACUAAAAACUGUCCUCAAGUCCUCCCCGGGUCCAGGAUGGAUUUUGCGUCGCCUCUGGUUGGAUUUUUAUUAUUUGUGUGUCUGAGGGUCGGAGGAGAAAACGUGCCAAGCUGCGGAGGCUUUCUGGAUGCAAGCAAAGCUGGUUACAUCACCUCCCCUGGCUAUCCUCUGGAGUACCCGCCCCACCAGAACUGCCACUGGAUCAUAAAGGCGCCGGAGCCCUCGCAGCGCAUCGUCCUCAACUUCAACCCCCACUUCGAGAUCGAGAGGCUCGACUGCAAGUACGACUUCAUAGAGAUCCGCGAUGGAAUCUUAGAUGCAGCUGAUGUUUUGGGUCGACACUGCAGCAACAUCGCCCCCGCGCCGAUCAUCUCGUCGGGGCCCUCGCUCCAGAUCCGAUUCGUAUCGGACUACGCCCAUCAGGGGGCGGGCUUCUCUCUGCGCUACGAGAUCUUCAAAACAGGGUCAGAAUUCUGCUUCCGCAACUUCACCAGCCCGUCCGGGAUGAUCGAGUCGCCGGGAUUCCCGGAUAAAUACCCCCACAACCUGGAGUGCUCCUACAUGAUCAUGGCCCCGCCCCGCAUGGACAUCACGCUCACCUUCCUGACCUUCGAUCUGGAGAACGACCCCCUGAUGGUGGGCGAGGGCGACUGCAAGUACGACUGGCUGAUGGUGUGGGACGGCCUUCCUCAAGCGUCGCCUCUGAUCGGACGUUACUGCGGGACGAAGAUCCCCCCGGAGAUCCAGUCGUCCUCCGGCCUGCUGUCGCUCUCCUUCCACACCGACAUGGCCGUGGCCAAAGACGGCUUCUCGGCGCGCUACAACCUGACGCACAAGGAAGUGUCUGACACGUUCCACUGUAGCAUGGCGCUCGGCAUGGAGUCGGGAAAGAUCAGCAACGAUCAAAUCUCAGCCUCGACGACGUUCUACGACAACCGCUGGCUGCCGCGGCAGGCCCGCCUCAACAACGACGACAACGGCUGGACGCCGUCCGAGGACAGCAGCAAAGAGUUCAUACAGGUCGACCUCCAUUUCCUGAAGGUUUUGACCGGGAUCGCCACACAGGGAGCCGUAUCCAAGGAAACCCAGAAGUCCUACUACAUCACCACCUUCAAGCUGGAGGUCAGCACCAACGGGGAGGACUGGAUGGUGUACCGGCACGGCAAGAACCACAAGAUUUUCCACGCUAACACCGACCCAGCAGAGGUGGUCCUGAACCGUGUCCCGCAGCCAGUUCUGGCCCGCUUCGUUCGGAUCCGACCACAGACGUGGAAGAACGGCAUCGCCCUUCGCUUCGAGCUUUACGGAUGCCAGAUCACAGAUGCUCCGUGUUCAGACCUGCAGGGCUUGAUGUCCGGGCUGCUCCCCGAUGCCCAGAUCUCUGCGUCGUCCAGCAGGGACGUGGUGUGGAACCCGGGGACGGCGCGCCUCGUGGCCAGCCGCUCGGGCUGGUUCCCAGCGCCUCCACAGCCCCUGGCCGGAGAGGAGUGGCUGCAGGUGGACCUCGGUGCGCCCAAAACCAUACGUGGAGUCAUCACCCAGGGAGCACGGGGCGGAGACGCAGCGAGCGGUGCGUCCACGGACAACCGGGCGUUCGUCAGGAAGUACAAAGUGGCUCACAGCCUGACCGGAAAAGACUGGAUCUUCAUCAUGGACGGCCGGACCAACCUACCUAAGAUCUUCGAGGGGAACACCCACUACGACACCCCGGAGCUUCGACACUUUGAGGAGACUGUGGCGCAGUUCGUCCGGCUGUACCCAGAGAGGUGGUCUCCAGGAGGGAUUGGGAUGAGAGUGGAGCUGCUGGGAUGUGAGCUUCCAGAGAUCAGCACGCCAGCCGACACAGUUACACCAACACUGCCUCCAAGCGCAGAAACCACCACCGUCCCCGUCACAACUACAGCCUCCACUUCGUCAUCCGACAACAUGUGCGACUUUGACCACGGCCUGUGUGGAUGGACGCUCGACUCCAGCGCCCCGCUGCUCUGGUCCAUGCACAGGCACGAGCUCAACAGCUACCUGUACCUGGACGCCAGCUUGAAGACGGAGCAGCAGCGAGCCCACCUGGUGAGCCCCGUGAUCGCCGCCGACACCGGACCGCUCUGCCUCAUCUUCUCGUACCAGCUGUUGGGGGAGGCCCAGGGCCACCUGAGGGUCCUGCUGCGGGACACGCACGACGAGGACACCGUCCUCUGGGCGCUGAAAGACGACCAGAGCUUCGUAUGGAAGGAGGGCCGCACCAUCCUGCCUCGCUCCCCCAAAGACUUUCAGAUCGUGAUGGAGGGUUUCUUCGUGCACGGCGCCAGAGGGCACAUCUGGAUAGACAACAUCCGCAUGAGCGCCAGCGCCCCCCUGAAAGAGUGCACACAACCCAUCGCGGCGUUUUCUCCUGAAAGUCCAGAUAACCGACACAAUGAAGUUGGAGAUGGGCGACUUUUCAGCGGCAGAGACCCGCAAGGGAUAGGUUUGCAGUUCCCUGAGUGGAACACGGCGUCUCCAUCAUCAGAGCCUCCAGUGACGAGCGUCUCGGAGAAAGACAACUCCUGGUUGUACACCUUGGACCCCAUCCUGGUCACCAUCAUCGUUAUGAGCUCGCUGGGCGUCCUCCUGGGCGCGGUCUGCGCCGGCCUCCUCCUCUACUGCACGUGCUCGUACAGCGGCCUGUCGUCGCGCUCAUCCACCACGUUGGAGAACUACAACUUCGAACUAUACGACGGCCUCAAGCACAAAGUCAAACUCAACCAGCAGCGCUGUUGCACCGAGGCUUGAUGAGCGGGCGUUUUGAGUGUGGACACCUCGCACUGUUGUUCGUCAUUUUCACCUCUUCACUUUAGCGCCCGCUGACUUCCUCAGUGGCGCAGAUCACAGCGAGAUCUCGUC